UAAUAAAACAAGAUGAUAUUCAACUCAUCUGAAGUAGAGGAGUUUCCGAUUUUAAGACAUUUAAAACGAGAGUUCGAGAGUAAAGCCUAUUUAGCUAACAAUGAAGUGGGAGGGACAUUAAAACAACAGCGGGAACAGUAUGAUAAAUCAAUAUCGAAUGCCAACCGUCAAGAUGUCAUUUUAAAGGAUAGUUAGUAUGUUGUGCAUGCAGCGCACGGCUUCGCUUUAUGGGCUCUUGAAAAUAUCCAAGAAAAUCUGACGUUUUCGAGCUAAGUUUUGUUCAGUUGAGGAACAUUUCUGGCUCAAUAUAUGUACAUACAUAUAUAAACAAGCAAAAUUGCGCAUUUGGGACGAAGAGCAACCUAAAGAGAUUCAAGAACUUCCAUUUCAUCCAGAAAAAAAUACGGUUUGGUGUUGGGAUUUCCGAAAGUGCCAGGCUAUUACUAUGCACUUUUUGUCCUAAACUUAGAAGACGCUUUAAUUGAUGUGUAUAUCGACUUCGACGGCACCUAUGUUGAAUAUAAUACUCGAAUUCUACCAAAAAUAGUGUUUCUUGUUCGUUGCUGCCAAAGGACGGACAACAACAUUAUAUUUAAAAACCUUUAUGUAUAUAUUUCACAACUGUUAAAUCUUACUAUUGAUGCAGUCCACUAAUAUUAGAUAUUUAUGUUCAAAUAUAUUGAAUAUACAUACAUACACAUACAUAUACAUAAACAUACUUAAAAUGCAUUGUCAUGCAAAACAAUAGCAUUCAACAGACAAUAACACAAACAUUACUAAGGAUAAGAUGUUUGCAAAUGAUAACCCAUGGGUUCUUAGGGUUAACAACUGCCUGUAAAUGUACUCACAUUAAAACAAACCCAAGGUCACAUAACAUAGGUUGAAAACAACACCAUACCAUGUAGCAUAAACAAUAUGCUACAUACAUAUGAACAUACACACAUACACAUAUAUUAAGAUAGUUAAGAUAGUUCUAAAAAUUAUAUAUAAAUACGUGAAAAUACUAAAUAAAAUCAGACUAAAAUAGUUAACGUAGAAUGAAACUCUUCUCGUAGAAUGAAACAUUCUCAGCUUUAAGCAUUAAGGUAGACAAAAAUCUUUGUUGAGUUAUAAACAUUUGGUCCUUCGAGCCUUGUCUUGAGUUGUGAUAAUUUGUGGAAUUAUAUUUGUAAAUUAAAGAAGGUUUUUAAAUAAGUUGUUUAUAAUGUCUAUGCGACCGGAUGAUCAUCGUCGAAAAUGGGAUAAGACAGAAUACCAACGACUGGCACAGGAAAGGUUACAGAAACAGACGGCUAAGGCAAAUCCAAAGGAUGAAGAACCCAUACAACGCGAGAACCUAAAGCGGCGGGACUACAAAGUCGAUCUUGACAGUAAACUGGGAAAAAGCGUUGUUAUAAACAAGAACACUCCUACCUCACAAUCUGGUGGCUACUAUUGUAAUGUAUGCGACUGUGUCGUUAAAGACUCAAUUAAUUUUCUUGAUCAUAUCAAUGGCAAAAAACAUCAACGUAAUUUGGGCAUGUCCAUGAAAGUGGAGCGCAGUACUGCCGAUCAAGUAAAAGAACGAUUUCAAGCGAAUAAAAAAAAGAUGGAAGAAAAACAAAAAGAUUACGAGCUGGAACGGCGCCUACGUGAAGCUAAAGAGGAGGAAGAACGUUACAAGGAGCAUCGAAAAGAGAAACGGAAAGAGCGUAAAAGGAAAGCCAGUGAUACCGAUCUAUUGGGUGGCGGUUUAUCUGAUGAUAUGGCAGCUAUUAUGGGAUUUUCUGGAUUUGGUUCCAAAAAGAAUUCUUAGAAGAAAACAAGAAAUUCGUAAAUUUUUGGUUUUGUUUCUGUAAUAAUAUUUGUUAUUGCAUAAAACAUUGUAACAUAAAAGCUAGUAAAAAUAUAUGAACUUGAGCAAAAGAAACGUGUGGGAAGCUUCUACUGCCACCGUCUGACAUCGGAUUACUCACGUGUGGCAACGUAGAUGACACCGGGCACUUGGACUAUGAUAGUAAUUGAAAGAUAUAAUUGAAAUAGAAAACAUAUAUUAAUAUUUAUAAAACUAUUUUAUAAGAAUUUAAAACAAAACUACCAUAACUUACCAACAGCGCUUUGUUUAUAACUUCGGCCGCAAAACUUCGGAGCAAUCGCGCUGGCCUCACACCACAUAGCAUUGCCGCUCUGAUAUAAUUGCAAUUGAUAAUUUCGGUGAAUUGCCUACAAAAUGUUAAAUAUUUCAGACUAAAAUAGUUCACGUAGAAUGAAACACUUCUCGUAGAAUGAAAUAGUUCUCAGCUUAAAUAUAAGUCUUUAUUUUCCCCCCACCAGUGGUAAGGAUCUUAUUUAAGUUUAAAAGUUUGAUCUUACAAAUCAAACAGUUUGAUUAUAAUUCAAACAUUCUCUUUAAAAAGGUAUGAACUUUCCAGUCAGACUGUCCCGAACAGAAUGCUGUUUUCUCCAUAGUCUACAGCUUUUAGGUUUGCAGUCACUUUAACAUAUUAUACUAUAGUACAUUAUAACAUGAAUUCUCGAAAAAUGUUGCUUAUAGUGAAUAUUCAUACACAUGUAUAAUGAAGCUCUCCACAGACACAGCUUCAACCAACUUUCGGCGUAUUUUUAACUCCAUAAGGUGAUAAGGUGUGACAUUAGUUUAUACAUACAUAUAUACAUAUAGUAUGUUAAACAGCUGUAUUUUCAUUUAGCAGUAACUAUUUUCUGCUAACAGCAAUUUCAUUAGCAGCGUCUUACGCUCAACUUGUGCUCUCUUCUGCUAGUUUUUUGGGUUAAGAAACACCUUUCCGGCAGAUGCUACUGAUACAUAUAGUUAGCACCACAGAAAUAAACUUCAUAUUGGUGUCUGUGUGUAUAUACAUAUGUAUAUACAUAUAUUUAUUUAUUUAACUAUAAAAGUGCAGUAGCCGACGGAAAGAAAUUUUAUUGUACGACUUCUGAUGAGUAUAUACAAUGUAAUGCAAAGCAAACUUUACCAGACUCAUUAUUAUCAAAUUAUACGAUUUUAAGUACACUUAAGAGGACAAUCUAAAAAUUGGUUUUAAAUUAAUUAAUUAAUAUUCAUGACAUAAUAUAUAACGACUCGCACUUAUACUAAA